CCAUGUGAGCCCCACUCCACCGUCUGAGAAUUAUGGCGAAAGUGGGAGAUCUCUUCCUACAAAAGCAGAACCAUGAGCCGACGGCGACAGCAGCAACAGAACUCAUUCAGCAAACCACUAUGUCGCCGAUACCGUCGCUCCUCCUCCUCCUCGUCAUACCCGCCGUCCUCGCAGCCGACGGCGGGAAGAAAAAGCUGACGCACAUCCACCAGUACACUCACGAGACGCUCUCGGGCCCGAACGCCAUGGAGGGGCUCCUCGUGCCGUCCCCCUUCGGCGCCAACGCGACGUUCGGGCAGGUGGCCGUGUUCGACGACGAGCUCCGCACCGGCCGGGAGCGGGACUCGCCACUCGUGGCGCGGUACCAGGGCAUCAUCGUCGCCAUGGGGCAGGCGCUGCAGGGCCACCUGACGGUCGCCACCGUCGUGUUCGUCGGCGGGGAGCACGCCGGGAGCGCGCUGUCCGUGGAGGGCUCCUUCCAGGGCUUCCAGGGAACCUCCGAGCGCAACAUCGUGGGCGGCAGCGGCAAGUUCAGGAUGGCGCGCGGGUACUACCUGCUCAAGCUCCUCGGCCAGAUGUCGCCGGCCACCUCCGAGGUCGACUUCUUCGUGCUCCCGUGCGACAGCGCCUACCUUUAACUUUUUUGUGGUUGCUAAAUUAUCUAGGACGUCAAUAAUUGCCACACGUGUGGUGUAUCGGGUGGUUGUGCUGCACGCCUCGUGUGGCAUGGAGAAGAACCCGCCCGCACGGCCGCGUCCGGGCGCGCGCAGCCACAGCUCGCACGUCCAGUGUGUGGCAAAACCGUCCACACAUCCGGGUCAAACGACCGCGCUGCCCACACGACCCAACACGCCAGUCGUCCCGGGCUCCUUUGGAUCCCUAGUCCGCCCUGCCGCCAUCGUCUCCCACCUCUCG